CUCUCUAAAAGUGAUAUGGCCUUGCGUGCGUUGAUUCUUCCCUCUUUCUCUCCACCACCCACUUUGAUUCUAGUGUCUGUUGCUGGCAAGCUGUCCAAUCGUGCGUCCAGUUGUUUCUUCCCCCUGUGAUCGGGAAAGAUGAUAGUUAAAAACAGCUUUUUUUACUUGCACAUCGAAGAAAAUAAAAUAAAAUUACCAUAAUAACACGUGAUCAGGAGACUCUUGAUAGUGCGUGUGUAUCGUGAAAGGCAGUGAAUUAUGAUACAGACACCCUCUUCUUCUGGAGCUGCUGCUGUUGCUGCUGUCUAUGUCGUGUUGCUGCGCUGCUCAGCAUCAAUGAUCAGUCAGUCUCGCCGGUAAUAUAGCGCCCCCGUGUCGAGGAGACGAGGAGAGAAUAAAAGGAGGAAACUUGGAAACGACGGCUUUGCUGAGCCGUGGCCUUUUUUCCAAAAACCCCUACCCUUUUUUUUUUUGUUACAUUUUUUUUGUUUAAUACCUUCUUCAACGAAUGAACAUGGAUAUGCAGACGCCUAAUGUUUAUGCCAUCCCUGGCAUGCCAGAACUCAGCAUGGUCUGGAUGGGUGAUAUGAUGGUCCACAAUGAUCCCUCCCAGGAACUUAUGAUGGAUCCCAGGCAAGCGGAAAGCCCGUACUUUUCACAUGGUCACCACUCCUUUGAAGAUAUAAGAAAUCAUCAAGUACCUCCCACUGCUAUGGUAAGGUACUUGGCUCCACAAUUUCACAACGAGUGCUCAGAAUCAGAGGAACCUAUGGAAGGUGUUGAUGUUCAAAACAUCCAGCCAGACUAUGAUCAAAGUGAAGGACACGAAAUAAAUGAAUAUCUUGGUCUAGAAGAUUAUAUGGCUGAUGAGGACAGAGAACAAAUUGUUAACAACGCAGCCACUCAAACACAGGAUGUUCGUACUCGUAAAAUUAAGCCCAUCAAACAUCCAGGUUUAGUUUUAAAAACGCCAAUAGCCUAUCAACCUCACACAGAUUUGAAUUGCAUUCCUAUACGUAAGGAUGGUAUUGCUGUGUGCGAAAAAUGUGGUGCUAUCGGGGUAAAACACGCAUUUUACACGAGAGAACGGCGGUUUUGUAGUCGUGCCUGUGCUCGUUCCUCGGAACAUACAGCAGCUCAUGCAGAUUCCACAUAUAGUCCAACUCAUUCUAUAGACCUAAACACUACAGAUGCUAAUGUACCAAAUGACGUAAAGCCUAAGUUAUUAAAUAUAAAAGAAGAAAUAGUUACGCCUAAAGAAGUAAAGACAACAGAAAACAUAAAGCCAGUAUUACCUACAAAGCCAGAGCCAGUAAUGCCAGAAGAAUUGCCUAUAAGAAGAAAACGUACAGCCGCAAUGGCAGGAUCAUAUGACUGGACGUCUCAAUUGAAAGCACCUGGUUUUUGCGCUGCUCCUGUUUCUUGUUUCAAACACGCACCAAUAUCAGAAAUAUGGGGUAACAUAACUGUGGGCAUGAAAGUGGAAGUUGAAAACACUGACUGUGAUGAAGUGUGCGAAGAAUUUCCUGACUCAUUUUGGGUAGCGUACCUACUUCGUACUGCUGGUUACAAAGCGCUUCUCAGAUAUGAGGGUUUCGGUAAUCAAGGUGAAAAAGAUUUUUGGGUAUCUGUAUGUUCAAAUGAAAUCCAUCCAGUAGGUUGGUGUGCCACAAUCGGAAAACCUUUGAUUCCACCAAAAUCAAUCGCAAACAAAUACAAAGACUGGAAAGAUUUUCUGAUGCGGAGAUUGACGGGUGCUCGAACUCUUCCGACCAAUUUUUACAGUAAAGUCAACGACAGUAUGAAGUCGCGUUUUCGCGUAGGACUGCAUCUUGAGGUCGUGGAUAAAAAUCGUAUUUCACAAGUAAAAGUAGCAACCAUACAGAAAAUCGUGGGUAAGCGGCUGCACGUGCGUUACUACGACUCACCACCUGAAGACAACGGUUUUUGGUGUCACGAAGACUCUCCCCUCAUACAUCCUGUCGGUUGGGCUGCGAAAGUUGGUCAGACCAUAGACGCGUACCCCGAGUAUUUUCAGCGCGUUGAGUCCGGUAAAUUGAGCGAUGAUGAUACGAGACCUGAAUUGUUUCUUACACCUAAAAACUACCAUGCGCGCUUCGGAUACACGUUCAGCGAAGGUAUGAAGAUGGAAGCAAUAGAUCCGUUGAAUUUGUCGGCCAUAUGUGCCGCUACUGUUAUGAAAGUGUUGCGUGAAGGCUACAUAAUGAUCAGAAUCGACAGCUACGAUGAAGAUAUCAAUGGUGCUGAUUGGUUUUGCUAUCAUUCGUACUCACCCUGCAUCUUUCCGUUGGGCUUUUGCGCUACGCAUGGCUUGCCCCUCACACCUCCUAAGGGGUAUGAUCCAGCUACGUUCUCGUGGGAUUCAUAUUUGGAGAAAACAAGCACGAUACCAGCACCUACGGAACUGUUCAAUAGGGAAAUACCCAAGCAUGGAUUUCUCGAAGGAAUGAGGCUAGAGGCGGCAGAUUUGAUGGAUCCUAGAUUAGUUUGCGUAGCGACAGUUACUAGAGUAAUUGGACGAUUGUUAAGGGUACACUUCAAUGGAUGGGAGGAUGAGUACGAUCAGUGGCUGGAUUGUAAAAGUUGUGAUAUUUACCCAGUUGGUUGGUGCGAUUUGGUUGAACACAAAUUGGAAGGACCUAGAGCAUCGAUAAAAAAUAUUAGUCCCAACAACGCAAAAACACCAAGAGGCCUGAAACGCAGAGGUAGGAGAAAAAUAAAACGAGCCGGUGGGCACCGAGGUCCAUACACCCGCAGUUUGCAGCAACAACGUAUAGCUGAAAUAAGAUUAGCCGAGCAACAUCAAGCAGAACUUGAACAAGAAGAACAGCAGCAAAGUCAACAUCAACAGCAUCAUCGGCAACAACAAAUACAGCAGAAACGUAUAGUUCGCGUGAAGGAAGAGCACGAGAUGGGCCCUGUUCAGGGUACGAAAAUUGAACGCGAGCGUGGUGAUCUAGAGAGCAUACCACAGCAGUCGAAUGCUAGGGAGCCUGAACCUGCGUUAGAUGCUGGACCCGAUCAAACCCUUCCGAGUCCGACGAGUGGUCAAGGUCAUUCAACAAACGAACCAAGGCCCAAAGAAAAGACUUCCUAUGUUAACCAGUCAAAUACUGUGAGCAGCAAAUAUAUUCCGAGGGUGGCAGAUGGUAUACAGAAAAGUUCAGAAUUGGGUGAGCUAGUGCCAAGUGAUUGGAAUAUCUUUGACGUUUCCCAGUUCUUGCGUGUAAACGAUUGCGCCACGUAUUGCGACAAUUUCAACAAACGCAAGGUUGACGGCAAAGCUUUGCUUGCCCUAACUAAAGAUCAAAUAAUUGACUUGACCGGUUUCAAGGUUGGCCCAUCACUCAAGAUCUUUGAUCUUAUUCAGCAACUUAAAAUUAAGGUAAACCCAGCACAGGAGAGAUCAAAAAUGAGUUUGAAAAAAAUAUUAUAACACGAUUAGAGUUGUUUAGAAUUCACGAAGUAAACCUGUACAAUAAAAGUAGAUCAAUCAUUUCUCGAUUUUGUUUUAUACAUUGAAAAGUAAAUAUUUUUCACAUAAAAUUAGUGCCUUCUUUAAAUCGAAAAUUUUAAGGCAUAGUUUUUUCUACUUUUUAAAUUAAAAGACAAACUUUUUUUUUUACUUUUGCAUCACAUUGGGUUUGAAAGUAGCUCAUCAUGUACGUAAAGAAACGUGCCACUUUUAGCCUGAGUAAGGCGUGUAAUCGUAUAUAAACUCAAGAAAAUAACUUACUGCUAAAUAUAUUUUUAAAAAUUCUUAAAUGCCCUAAUAUGGAUUUACACUUGAGACAAUCUUAAAGGGUUCGUAAAAUGAGUCAAAAUCACAACUACCUUUCUUAUUCCCAUAACAUUCAUUAACGGUAUUUUAAAAUUAUUUUUAAAUGUAAUUACAUGUGAAUCCAUAUUAUAAGCUCAAUUAAAUAAUAUCUUCUAAAUACCUUGGGGGAUUUUUUUUUUGGUUCCACAUCCUUCAUACUAAAAGAAAACAACGUUGCCGUAGUAGAACAAAAAAGGAAUUGUAAGAAUUUUAUGAUUAAUCCAUACAAGGGAGUGAACAUGUAAAUGAUGUAUCCUGUGUAAAAGUGUAGGUUUAAGUUUAUGUACAUCGCUUCUAGAACAGCUGUAAAUAAUGAAAUCCAUAUAAUUAUUACCUUUUUGCGCAAUGUAAAUAGUAUAUAAGUUCUUAGUAGCCAUUCAUGAAAAUCUAGUGUAAUCAAUAUUUAAAUUCAAGUGAAAUUUCCUUGUUGCCUAUUGCAAAGUAACAAGAUUAUUUAAGAAAAAUUUGUUAAACAUACAAAUUGACAUUUAAAUAACACACACGAUCAUGGUAAAUACAACUCGUGGUUUGGUGUUGGACUAUUCCAAUUUUUACCCAGUGAUAGAAUUUCCAUGAUUGGUCAAGCCAGUUUUAUUUAUAUCAGCAUGUAUUAUUUAUAUGUAUUGUUUGGUCUAGAAGCUAUUGCUUCAUUAUCCUAGCUAAUAUAGUAAGUUUUGAUUGUACAUAAGCAUUAUUUUACUUAAAUUUAAAUAAAAUUGGAUAAAAAAAUAAACCAAGUGAUGAAAGUUUAAGUUCAUCUUUAAAUUUUCAAAAGUUUUUGUAUACGUAAUGUUUCUCAAUAAAAUUGAGUUUAAA